AGUCUCCUAGGCAACGCGUAUAAACAAGAUGGCGGCCUUCGAGCGAAAUCCCUCGAGAUGGAAAGGCACCCGUUUCAGGCGGGGUUUGGGCGCCUCUCGCAUUGCAGCCCAGGCGAUACUGUCGCUCACAGAAAAACAAAGUCAGGGCCGUUGGCCUUCUUUCCCCCUGGGUCUGAAGUCAAAAGGGACUUUCAGAAGCGCCUCCUCUUACCUCCUCCACCAGCUCAUCCACCGCUCUCAUGAGGCAGAAGCGGAGCAAGAAGAGAAGCAACAGGAGGACGGAGAAUCUGAAGAGUCAGAGGAGUCCGAAAUGCAGAAUUUGGAGGACAAGUAUGACGGGAUCCUGAGAGAGGAGACCGUGGCUGAGGCAAUCACUGGAUUGGGGUGGUCAGGCCGUGGCACGGAGCAGGUUUACCUCAACCUGAAUCUAUCGCACUGUGAGUUGGUCGACAUCAGCAUUCUGUGUGGCUAUGUCCACCUGCAGAAGUUGAAUCUUUCGGGAAACAGAAUCGAAGAUUUGUCUUGUGUGAGCUGCAUGCCGUAUCUUCUAGAACUAAAUGCUUCUCAGAACAAGCUGACUACCUUCUUCAAUUUCAAACCACCCCAAAAUCUCAAGAAGGUGGAUUUUUCCUCCAACCUGAUUUCCGAGAUGUAUGACCUGUCAGCGUACCAUACUCUCACUCAACUAAUUUUGGACAACAACGAGAUAGAAGAAAUCACUGGGCUAGAGAACUGCAUCAGCCUGACCCACCUUAGUCUGGCUGGCAACAAGAUCACUACCAUCAAAGGCUUAGGGACAUUACCCAUCAAAGUGCUUUCUUUGAGUAACAACAUGAUUGAGACCAUCACAGGUCUGGAGGAGCUGAAAGCCUUGCAGAACCUGGACCUGUCCCACAAUCAGAUCAGCAGCCUCCAGGGCUUGGAGAACCAUGACCUCCUGGAAGUGAUUAACCUGGAGGAUAACAAGAUUAAGGAGCUGAGUGAAAUAGAAUACAUUGAAAAUCUUCCUAUCCUUCGAGUUCUCAAUCUACUAAGGAAUCCAAUUCAGACCAAGCCCGAGUACUGGUUCUUCGUGAUAUAUAUGCUGCUGCGACUGACAGAGUUAGACCAGCAGAAGAUUAAGGUAGAAGAAAAGGUUUUUGCAGUGAAUAAGUAUGACCCUCCCCCUGAGGUGGUCGCUGUCCAAGAUCACAUGACCCAUGUUGUCAACAGCAUGUCGCAGCCACAGAGGAUCUGGGACAGCACCCUGCCGAGUCUGGAUGCCCCGUAUCCCAUGCUCAUACUAACUGGGCCUGCAGCUUGCGGGAAACGAGAACUCGCCCACCGCCUCUGCAGACAGUUUAGUACUUACUUCAGAUAUGGGGCCUGUCACACCACGAGACCGCCUUACUUUGGUGAAGGAGAUCGAGUUGAUUAUCAUUUCAUUUCCCAAGAAGUUUUUGACGAAAUGCUGAACAUGGGGAAAUUUAUUUUAACAUUUAAUUAUGGCAAUCACAAUUAUGGAUUAAAUAGGGACACGAUAGAAGGUAUUGCAAGAGAUGGAUUAGCAAGCUGCAUUCAUAUGGAAUUAGAAGGUGUAAGAAGUUUGAAAUAUUCUUAUUUUGAGCCUCGAUAUAUCUUGGUGGUGCCUAUGGACAAGGAAAAAUAUGAGGGAUACUUGCGGAGAAAGGGAUUGUUCAGUCGCGCAGAAAUCGAAAUUGCCGUCUCCAGGGUGGACCUUUAUGUUAAAGUUAAUCAGAAAUACCCAGGAUAUUUUGAUGCAGUAAUCAAUGCAGAUGACAUGGACAUUGCCUACCAAAAGCUCAGCGAGCUCAUUAGAGAAUACCUGGGGUUGACUGAGACAGCUGCUAAGACCUUGGCUCCAACUGCAGGAGCUCCCUCUAGCAAGAAGACCGCCUCUGGGGUCCCCGCACACCUGGUCCCCUCCCCCAGGCGCUUGGCAAGACUACAAGCCGAUGGCCAGAAAACGGAGGCUUUCCUGGAAGUGCAGACUCAAGCAGUGGUCCCUGAAAAUCAGGACCCCACUCUCCCACAGAGCCAGGAGUUAACUGAGGAGGGCGAACCCCCUGAGAAGGAGACUAAUGUACCUCAGCAGGUCAGUUCUUCAGCACUUGGUAUUCCUCAGCAGGCCCAGGACUUACCACCAAAGGUGAAGGAAGAGGAUGGCCAGCCAGCCAACCUUCCUCCAAAAAUAACCACCGAGAUGGAUGGCCCAGAAGAUGAGCCUGGACCGCCCGUGCCAAAAGCAGACCAGUCUUCCACUCUUGCGUCUCAAGAGCCGCCCCAGCAGCCUGCUCCUGCUCCCACACUCAGCCCUCAGCCUGCUCCUGCUCCCACACUCAGCCCUCAGCCUGCUCCUGCUCCCACACUCAGCCCUCAGCCUGCUCCUGCUCCCACGCUCAGCCCUCAGCCAGACCAGGAUAAGGAAUCCGGAGAGACCAAAGUAGCCCCUAGCAACCCAGCCCUAUCUGAACCUGCACAGGGAGCUGACUUAGCUUCCCUCAGUCCUCAGAGAGUGCAGGAUGAAGGAACUGAGUCAGCCAACCCUGCACCCAGGAGUUCCACGCACACUCUUCCAGAAGAUCCUUCCCACACUGAGGUAGAGAAGCCUACUGGGGGAUCUCAACGACCUCUGAAGGAGGAAACCCCCAAAGCAGAAGUUAUGCGGGCCGGUACUCCUUACCCAGAAAUUCCACCUCCCCAAGACUCAACCACAAAAGUCAGGGAACAGCCAGGAGCCUUGCUUCCUAGAAGCAGGCUGGCUCCUACCAGAUUGCCACAGCCCCAGACCUUGGCUCCUCUCCAGAGCCGGAGACCCACACCCAAGCUUCUCUCUCCCAGCAGGGAAGAGGCUUUGGGGACAAGCUCAGAUCAGACCCCGAAUCCCUCUCCCAGAUCUUUUCCAGCUCAGGAUGGAGACCCCAGUAAGCUUCCUCCCAUCAGCCCUUCCCAAUCCAAACCACCCCGAAACUCGAGCCCCCCUACAGCCCACAGCCCACAGCAAGGCCAGGUAGGAAAAGCCAGUGAGGUGAAGCUCCCACUUAUCAGCCCCCCAGUCCAGGAACAAGCCCAGCAGCACACCCCCAACCCACCCCAGGAAGAGGAGGCACCCACAGUCCAGCUCCCAACUAUUCCUGCUCCCUCCACGGAACCCCAGCUUCCUCAGAACACCGAGCCAAGGCCUGCUUCGAAGCCCGCAAGGGAAAAGAAAACUCCGAAAGUAGGCCGUGCCUCCAGUAAGAAGGUUCUAGAUCUGCAGGCCACACCCCACAGCCAGGGGCCCACUAAGCAGAAAGGAGCGAAGAAAAAAAACCUCAUGCAAAAAGAGACAGCUAAAGAGUCGCCACAGCAGAGAAAGAUGCCAGUUGGGAACUCUCAGACAGCCCCGCAGCUAGAAUCCCACGACAAGCCAACUCCAAGAAAUGAAUCCGACCCACUUGACUUCAGGUCUUCUCCGAGCCACACUGAACCAGUGCCAGCAGACCCCCAGAACCAGGAGAAAAACCACAAAGCACACAAGCCAAGAAAGAAGGCACAGACCAAUCCCACCCCUAAGGACGUGGCUCAGUCCACACACACAUCCCCUAAUGGAGAAAUGUCUGAAGGGUUACCUCAAGGAAAUGAAACUGCCCUCGGUGAGGAUCAGCCAACCAGAGAGGGUCAGCCCCCGCAGGACCCUGCCAAGUCUGCGCAGGAGGGUUCUGCUCCCGUGCUGCAUCCUGGGGAAAGGGAACAGGCUCAAAAAAGGGAAAAGUCUCAGAAGAGAGAGGUUGCGGGGAAGCCCGAAGGCGAGGAGAUUGCAGCCCCUAGCCAACUGCGGGUCAAAGAGACACAAGCCCAUAGGGACACCAGGGAGAACAGACAGAGCUAUGCCCAGAGGCACAGCAUACUUGUAUCGAAGCAGCAAUCCAAAGAAAAACGAACCCGAAAAAAUGGAGGUGUAGCACAGGACAGAAGUCCUGCUGCUCCCCAAAAUCAGGUGUCAGAGGAGGAUCAGGGUAGCCGGACAGGAAGACUGCGAGCCAGGGGCAGUCAGAGUAUCAAAGUGUGAGCCUUGGCUCCGGAGAAGCUAUGCUGUCAGUGGAUGCAAGUCCAACGGCUUCCUUCUGCAGCCACUGGUCAGCACCUUGAUUUGCGGGGUCCCAGAAGUCGUCGUAAUUCUGCUUCCCAUGGGACAGACUUGGGGGAAGACAGCUGGCUGGUUGCUGCCAGCGAUUCAGUCUAGAACACUUGAUGACUGGUGUCAUCAAAAGGUCCUCGUGUUCGACUACAAAUGUCAAUGGGAUUUCAUGGCGGAACCCAGGCAGAUUGCCAUCUUCCUUAGGAAAAUUCACUUCUAGAUUAGAAAUUUUCCUCGUGCUUUUUACAUUAUUGGAGGUGGGGUGGGGCUGCAGCAAAAGGAACUCUGCAAAAAGAAACCUUGCUGUUUUUAAGGAUUGCCAACCUGCAGUUCACUUGUGAGAGUGCAUCUCUGCAAGCCAGACAAUGGCCGAGCCAAGUGUUUGAGGUCUGCAUUGGUCUAUGUUAUGAAAAUUCCUUUUGUUUCUACAUUUUUCCAAAUGAAUACCUUCCUUCCGUCUUCAAAUAGGAAUCUCAUGGUCCAUGCCUUCCUCAUGCCACAGCAUCUGAUUGAAUCCCAAGAAAUCUGUGGGGAGAAAAUUCAGGGGAAUCAGUCUUCAUUUAUCUCUCCAUAUUAUUCUCUUCUAUUCCUGUCAAUGACUAAGGUGCAGCCAGGGCUAGCCUGUGGAAAGCUAUUAGCAGGAAGUAUGUGUACAUCUCAUAUAACCAAACUACCAGAAGGACACAGGUAGGUGGGGGCUCUCAGAGAAACAAGGGGUCAGCUAUUGAGCAUCACCAGGGGUCUCGUUAUCUUCUGGACCAAGCAAGAGCCUAGGACCCACAUCAAUUCUCAUUUCUGUUGUUCUCCAUGUUGGCUCCAUUCUUUGAACUACAGAUGGUUCAAAGCCAUUCUCUCUACAUAGCAGGGACAUGAACACGAACAACUCUGCAAUUACAUCCGGUGGCAUCUCUUACCUUUGUUAUAAAGACAUUAAUCUAAAUCAUCAUUAAUCCUAAUAUUUAAAAGAAAAUCCAAGGAAAGACCGAUUGCCUCUUUGAUCAAACAUUCAUUUCCAACCAACAACUCUGGCCUGGGCAUGGCUACCACCACCCAUAGCCCACUGGGUCCACUGCUCUAGAUGGAGACUUACAUUUCCAGAAGGAAGGAUAAUUGCAGUCAAGACAUCAGCCCUCAAUUCCACUCUUUAAAAAAAAAAUGUUAGAAGAUAACCAUGUAUACAGGAAUGUUCUGAAGCUAUGUUUACUGUCCCGUAUUUCAUCAUGUAGAGAAUGACUAGAGCCUGUGUCUUGUCUUAUACAAAAGCUAUGUGCCCACAAGCCUGUAUGACUAGCAAAUGUUAUGUCAAGUGCAAUAGAGGACAUCGAUAUUUUUUAAAUCGGGGAUGUAACGGAGCCUCUCAGCGAACAAGGCUGUUCUUGUAACUAUAAUAUUAGACGUUAUCUUCUGAUUUAUCUCCCUUCUCCAAGAUAAAAAGCUAUAGGAUGAUUUUUGAAAGUAAUUUAUGUUUAUUAAGUAAAUUCAUUCUCAAGUAAGCCUUUGUGGAGCACUUUCUCUGAGCCAGACAUAGUGAUGGUAGCUAGGUGUGGAGUAAGACGAUGCUGACAAAGACGUGUCUGACAAAGGUCCAUUCAAUUAGGUCCAUGUAAUUAGGGUACCCGGGAGCCCCAAAGCAUGCUGAGAUUUAUGUGGCACCCCAUAGAUAAGAAAACCUGUUGGUCUGCUUUUCUAGAUUGUAGUAAGAGUGCUCUCUGAGAAGGCCACAGAGUUCAGCCUACUAGAGCUGUCCCAGGAAACUCCAAGGAAAAGCCAAUGCCUCAGCUGAACCUGCAGGGCUGUAGAAUUGGUUGCGGAGAGAUGGGGUAGGGGAUGCUUCCUGUUGCCUAAAUACACAGGCAGGAGCAGCUAGUGUCUCCGAAGGACCCAGACGCCAGGUGACCUAUAGGCCUAUCUAACCCGUGCCAUAAGAAGGAGCUUGGGAAGCCACAUCUUGUAGCAGCAAAGGGAGGGCUGGAUGCUUCAAUGUGUACUUCAGAGAUAAAGUUAAGAAAAACAAUCCUGGAGGCAGAAUGACUGGUACAUCAUGGUGGGAGUCAGGACAGGGCAAGGCAAGGGCCUGAAAGAUGGCACUGGUGUCAGGGAAGGCCAAAUGCUCAUUUGGCUUAGCUGUGGAGGGGGUGGAUUAUAUAAGACAGCAAGUGAGGGGUUGCCUCCAUUUCUCUUUCCCUCCCUCCCUCCCUUCUUUCCUUUUUUUUGAGAGGGUGUCACUGUGUAGCCCUUCCUGGGCUAGAGCUUGCUAUAUAGACCAGGUGGACUUUGAACUCAGAGAGACCCACCUGUGUCUGCUUCCUGAGUGUUGGGAUUAAAGGGGUGCGCCCCGAUGUACCACUCAUUUUCUGGAUAUGGCAUUUGGGAUGCUGUAAGGAACCAGAGCCUCACCUGGUUAGCAGGCUUCAGAAUCACAUCAGGUGUCCUCUUUGGCUGCCGUUUGGAGGCCCUUGUUGCUGCCUUUUUCAUUCAUGUUGGAGUGGACACACUAAGCAAGUGUCUCUCUGCUGUAAGGAGGCUCUAGGCCCUGGUAUUCAUAAUAAUAAGAAAGGUUUGGGUUUUUUUUUCCUUUGUGCUUCUUUUAUUUCUGUGGUUUGAAGUUGUAUGCCUCAGACUCACUGCUGUUGGACAUUUUCAGAGGAGUGGGAAAGACUGAGGGGGUUUUGCGGCUAGUAUUGAUUACCUUGCUACAAGGAAAAAAUGUAAUUUUCAAUGCAGAGAAUAAAUAUUUAAAAUGAUCAUUUCUCCAUCUGCACCAACCGGCAAAGUUCACAUCGCCUCCAACUGGGUUUGUCACAAAAUGAUCUUUAGAGAGGAAAAGAAAAGCCAGGGUUGGCUUUAAAAGUCACUGUACUCGUAAUGACACCUUCUUAGGGAAGUCUGGCAUUUAGUGUUCAAAUGAUGAGGGCAUUCCCACCAGGUAUAAGAGCCUUCUGCACACAUGGAAAGAGCUGAGCUCCCACAAGACAGAGAAGGCACAAUCAUAGCUCACAAAAUAAGGGAGUAAAGGUUGUCCCAUAAGUGUGUCAGAAACAAUGUGGCCUCGUUGUAAAUUAAAACAGAACAGACUGUUUUGAUAGAUAGCAGGCUGGGACAUAUAAAACAGGUUAGGGUCUGUCCGGGUGAGGAAGUUGAUGAGCAUGCUUUUCUGAAGAACAGUUUUCCACUCUCUGUCAAAGAGUUACAGUUUGCACACUUUUAGUCUGAUCAUCUAGAUCCAAGGGUUACCAUGAAGGAAUGUACACGAGAAUGUUCAUAUCAAAUUUUAUAAUGAAGGUUAGAAAUACUCUAUGUAAUAGAAUUUUUGAAAUACAUUUACAACAUAGACAUCUGCCUUAUGUUGCCGUUAUAACCAUGUAGAAUAUUUAUUUGAAAAACAGUGUUCAUUACAUAUGAGGGAGAAAGAGGGCAAAGAAGGUACAGUCAACUUGGCUCUUGUGUUAGCUCCAAAAUACUAAGUUGUGGCAAUUUUUUUCUCUCAUUCAUGUUUUUGGUACUGUCUAAAUUUUCUGCCAUGUCUAUUUAGUAUAUUUCAAUUUGAUAUAAUAAGGAACUUUCUAAGAGUCCAAGGUGACCUGCAGAGAAACAGAAUGGCCUCCUCCGGGCGUCAGAUGUAUCACCUUACGAAAAAGCUUCUAUCUGGGGUGAUUUUAUAGUAUGGAUGGAGCCUGGUUUUCUUUAUGAUCUAUGAUCCACUUAGAACAACUGGUCUACUUGUUGGUUAUGAAGAAUCCAGAUGCCUUUUUCAUUAAGUAGAGUGUUUUUGUAGUAGAAAAUGAAAUGUUCUUAGUCUCCAUUAGCUCCCUGGCCUAAAGAAUGUUUUUGGAGCAAGUUCCAUAGAUAUAAGUAUAUUUCACAGUAUCACAACCCAGUAAACACAACUACAUAAAGGAAAUAAAGUAUUCUAAGACACCCUUCAUAGGCGAUGGACUCGUAUUUUCUAUGGUGUUGAGUUUAAAUUUUCUAAAUGCAGUAGGUUGUGGCCUACUAAAUCAAUUUCACAGUGUAGUCUGCACAUUGUAGUCUUUCACGCUGUAGUCCAGUUCCUGGGGCCUGCUUGCCAGGUCUCCUGCUUUCUCUGUCUCCCUUCAGGUUGGCUGGAUAGUCUUGCCUCACCUCAUACUGAGUUCUCGGGGAGCAGGAGCUGGCUUUCUGGCAGUUAUACCUUUUGUUAUUGUUGGCAUCAGCCUGAAUAUAUCCAAGCUUCCUAUACAUAGCUAUAAGCUCUUAUAUAAAGCUUACAAAACACUUCAAAACAUUCGUUAUCAAUGGUGAUGCUACCACUAAAUAGUCAGUCCCCAUGCCCUCUGCGCCAUGACAACCCUAUAAACAACACUGUUACAGUAAAGGAGCCUCCGAGUUCCUCUUCUGGUCACUGAGCUGUUGAUACGGUAUCCAGCACAGUUUACCCAUAAGUGAAUCUACGUGUGUGGUAGGGUUUGAAAUAGUGGUUUUGUGUUGACUAAGUAUCCAGAGAAGAGAGCAAAUGCCUGCCCCUCUUUCUGUGUGCUGAUAGCUAAUGUUAGCUGAUAGCUAAUGCAGACCGCUAGGCUUAAGGCCUACUGUGGUGACAACACGUGAUAUCAGUCAUGAGCAUCAAAAUGAUGCUAAUGAUUGUAACCUUAGAAACUCUCAAUUACAAAUGACACUGAAUGUCAAAACCAUCCCUGGAAACUUGAGGCACAGUACAAUACAGUCAGGAGUGAGGGAGGGAGUGUACUGAAAGCGCCCAGAACAACAUCUGCUACAUGGUUAGUACUGAGAUGAGCGUUCGUUAGCACUAACACGUAAACAGCAAAAGAAUAUUACAUUCGAUCAUGAAUUAGAACAGGACAAUGUAUCCUGUUUAAGUGGAAGUGUUUGUUAAGUGAAACAAUCUUCCCUGAAAAUCCCUUUAUGACUUCAGCCUUGUCUAAAUUAAAGAGCUUAGACAAAACUAGGAUGAUACUAGAAAAAUGAUACUUCAGUAUAAUAUUCCUAAGAUAGAGGGCUUCUUCAGUGGGCAUUCACAGGCAACCUGCCACUGCAGAAGACAGGGAUGGGGGCAUCAAAUUGGAGCCAAUGGUGAAUCUCCUUGUGGUAUACACACCAAACACUUAGGAUAACAGCUGGCCUAUGUAGUACACGCUCAAUAAAUGCUAUCUGUUCUUUUUAUUGUUACCUUGUUGAUGAUAUCAAAUAUAUUUUACUGUAUAGAGAGCAAAUGCUUGCCUCCUCACCAUUACGUGUCUGGGUAAUAGCUGUUUUGUUUUCUCUUUGUGGUGGCUUUUACUCCUGGAUCUACGAACCCUCAGUUUCCAAGAACAAAGCUAAACAUCCAAGUGGAGAAAGGCAGAAAAGCCUUUGCUGGGGAAAGCGAGCGAUAAAAUAGUGCCUAAGAGAAAAUUGUUCCUAAAGCUGAGUUGGGCCAGGCGCAGCAGUAUGACCCUGGCUCCCAGCUACUCAAGAGGCUGAGGAAAGAGGGUCCCUUAAAUCAAGGGAGGUUAGCAACAAGGCAUUCCCUUUCAGAUGCGGCAGUGUGGGGCAUCAGAAAUGUUUACUCAGAUAUAUUGGUCAAAGGAAAGGAAACUUUAGGCCUGCAUUAAAGCUCCCUGUGGGUUUCUGUCCCCUCCUGCCUGUCACUGCUAGCUCCCCCUGACUCCAGUUUCCCAUAUACUACAGAUCUUAUAAACCAACCUUCCCCUCUUGACAUUUGCCCUGCCGCCCCAUAGUUUAUUUCCUUCAAAGCAUCCACUAACAACUUUAUGAUAAACUUACUCAUUUUGUAAAACGUUCUGUCAUUAUCGUACAUUUUAAUUGGAACAUUCUGGAUUCAGUAUCUGAAUGCUGGCUUGUUGGUUGAACGCCAUUGAAGACAUUACAAAAUAUAAAGUCUGGAAGAAAGAAAAGGUUUUGAACUUCAUUUUCUCUGUAUAUGAAUAUAUUUUCGCAUGCGUCUUUUUCCUGGUGUGGAGUCUGUUUCUGUUUAAAUAGCUAGCUAUCCCUUUGAUUGGACACCGAAGAAUAGAGCACCUCACUGUUCGCAUAUUUUAGCAAAUGUAUUCAUUUUGCCAUUGCAACAUGAACAUUAUUACUCUAUUUCCUUGGAUUUAUGAGAUUGCUUUCUUUGUACAUAGGAUCUUAUUUUGCUAUGGAAAAUUAUCAUGGGCAUUAUAUGAAAUGAUUUUUCUACUUCUUAUUAUUCCUUUCUUAGUACACAAAUAGACAUGAUGUUUUUUGAGAUGCAAUUCUGCCUUGGAAAAAUAGCUUCUUUUGGUACCUUCAGUUUUGUGGAAAUACUCCCUAAUGAACCCAAUGUUUUUCAUUUCCCACCACAAAUUGUGUAGCAGUUCUAUUAGAAAUAAAUACUUUACAUUCUAUAGCACAUUAUUAUGUUUUAAUUUGUCAUGAGUCAUUUUCAAGCUUGUAUAUUUCAUGAUGUAUAUUUCUAUGCAUAUUUCUUGUAAAGGGUUGUGGGAGUUUACUUGUGUGUAUGUAUUAAUCGUGGCAGGGGUAAAUUACUCUUAGUUAAAAUAAAAUAAAACUGCAUGUUUUUAGAGCCUUCUUUGCAUGGGAGGAAGAAAAUGAAUACUUUUGAAGUCGUUGGGUACUGCAAAUUUUUUUUUUCUUUCUGAAAACUGGAGCCUAUUUCCCAAGUCAUCCAUUUCCAGAGACUGUUCCUUUGGAAGAGAGAACUGGUUAACGUACAACUCCUUUUCACACUUUUAUUUAGCUAUUCACAGAGUCUCCUUUGGAAGAAUGACGAGCCUCGUGUAAGUCGUCUGACUACCAGAGAAACACUGGUUAAUAAGCUGCAGCGUUCACUGGUCAUAUUAUUCACAGCCUGGUUGCCACGAGGCAAUUGAAUUGUCCUUACUGACCUGCGUGAUUGCCUGUGCGACCCCAUCCUUAACAAAUAGGCCGGUUUCUCCUGCCCUGUGUGUGAACUACCCUAGGUAGCCUGUGUGGUGCACUGGUAAGCAUGCACGCACAUGAUUUGUUCCUAGAUGGUUUGUCUCUACUGUAUGUGAUGAUCAGACUGGAUUCUGUGCUUAUUCCUUUAAGAUGCAUUGUGCAAAUAGUAUUUAAGUCGUUUAACUUCAAAGGAAUGUGUCUACAUACAAGGUGUAAGUCAUUUAAGAUAAUGUGGAACUACAUUCCAGUUAUUUCCAUAUCUUUCUGCAUUGCCCUGCAUCUGGUAAUGAUCCUAUCCAUAAAGCAACUUUAAAAUCCACCACGCUCCAUUAAACGCAUUUACGCUUCACCGUAGGCAAUUAAAUAAAUUUAACUGGCCUAUAUAAA